AGAACGUGUUCUGGGUGUGUCUGCAUGUGAUUUACCCAAUAGCCAAAGUGGGGGAGACUGCUGAAGGGGAAAGACAGAGUGUCUGCUGCUGAAGGGAGUGGAGACCAAGGGCUGCAGGAUGAAGACCUCUGGAGCCUGUAUACUGUUGUGUCUCUUAGCACUCUCCUUGUCCCCAGCUGACUGGUUUCCAUGGGUGGUCAAUGGGCAAGAAGUGGAAAGUGCAACUGAUGAAAUUAGCACCAACUCUCUUAUCAGCGACUCUGUUGCAGCUGUCACACCACCUGUACUUCUUAGUCCUGUUCAAUCUGACAGCGAAACUACGACGGCAUCAUCAGAUUGUCGUGAGGAAAAAUUCCCUUGCACACGCCUGUACUCUGUUCACAAACCAGUAAAGCAGUGUAUCAGCUACCUCUGUGUUACAAGCGUGCGCCGCAUGUACAUAAUAAACAAGGAGGUAUGCUCCCGCCUUGUCUGCAAGGAGAAUGAGGUCAUGCAAGAUGAGAUCUGUCGCCAGCUGGCUGGCCUUCCAUCUCGACGUCUCCGCCGGUCUGGGCAAACCCAGCAUCUCCCUUGCAGACAGCUCCUGGAGCAGCAGCAUAGAAGGCUUGAUACUCUGUGAGCUACCAACAGUAGGAGAGAAAAGGAAGGGAGUGAAGAGAAAUCAUCAUCCACAACCUGAAACCCAAGACAAGUCCUUCUCAUUUGUGAUUUCCCUACCAUUUCCUUGCUUCUCUGCCUUCCCCCACAUCCUUUUCUUCAGGUGCUGCAGUACACAGAGUCUCCUCUCUGCUAAUCUGUCAUGGUAGUCAUUGUCAUCUUUUAAAUCUGUUGCUGAGGAUGUGAGAUGCUCCCCUCUCUUGUUUCAAACUCUAUUUGGCAACCCAUGACCUGCUCAUUUCCCAGAGUUCUUUAUAAAUGUGCUGCAUCAUCUCUUUACCAAGCUGCAGAGAGACUUGGUGACAGGAUGUUGUCCUCUCCAGCAGUACAGGUGCCCUAAGCUGCAUCUCAUGUGGAGGAAUGCAAACUUUUAUGUCCUAGGACUCCGAGCCUAGGAUACUUGCAUGGCAUCUGUAUGAGUUCAGGUAUGGUUAGUCAGCCUGAGCCUCUCCAGUCCUCCUGAGCCACUGAGUUUGCUGUGUGAUAGCACAGCCUCCUCCUGUGUCUGUUGGCCUCAGAAAAAUAACAGAACUGGGAGAUGAGCUGUCUUCAACCCAAGGCAAACCUCAUUGUUCCUAUGUGACAGCAGAUCAUUUAUAACUACCUCUGGGAAGUUCUUUGUCUCAAGGCUAUUACCUCCCUCAGACACAAUUGCUGUUAAAAGGAAGAAUUCUAGAUUUAGCCUGGCAUUAUGUUUUUCUCAAGAGAUUAUGUUGGAAAAGAGUGCUGCUUGUUCUCCUCUCCUCUCCUCUCCUCUCCUCUCCUCUCCUCUCCUCUCCUCUCCUCUCCUCUCCUCUCCUCUCCUCUCCUCUGAAAAAGAUCUCUUGAUGCUCACUCCAGGCAGGUUCCAGGGAGCAGUAAAUAUGGCUUCUUCCACUCCUCAGGCAAAGAAAGCCCACGAAGAACCUGUGUGGCCUCACAGAACUGGGAACUUGCAAUGAAUUAGCUGUAGUGGUGGCUGGUCUGGCUACCUCUACACUCUCCAAUUGCUGAGCCUGCUUUCAAUAUCUUCCCUUGAGUUCCUACUUCCUGACCUGGGAGCUCCUGCACAAAGCAGAAAGGAAUCACAAAUUGGAAGGGGAUGUGGGAGAAGAAGUUAUCUGAGAUCCCUGUUUUUUUCUUGCAGGUUCUCUGGCUGUGCUGAGUUGCACAGAGACAGGUACUGGUGGGGAGGUAAAUGUAUCUGCAAGUGUAAGUGCUUAUAGAGGCAGGCCAAUCUGGGGAAAACAAAUCACUCCGGUAACAGUGGUUAUCUGUGGUCUUUGUUUUCUGGAUAUAUGGACAGCAUUUCCAGGUAUAUGGGCAGUUUUCACUAUGACACUAGGGAGGGGAAAGGAAGAAGAGCUGUCUGAAGUGAGAAUCACAAUAUGUGACUUUAAAUGGCAUGAUUCUGUGGGGCACCAGAGCAGAGCAGGUUAGCUCACUGCAACAGAUCAGCAAGAGCCUGUCUCUGGGAUCUCUAAGUGCUGUGGGAGCAUUGCUGUGCCGCACACAGUCAGGGUCACACAACGUGGCACAAUUUGCUGCACGGAGGCAGAUGUCUCCAUAAAAAAAGAGCAAAACAGUUCAGCCUCUUCCUGCAUGCAGCAAGAAGCCAGUUACAUCAUCUGUAUAGGGGAAGACACCCUGGACAGAUACAAUUUGUUCCAUAUAAGGUCAAAAUUGGCCAUAGAUGGGCUAAAUCUAUAUUAAUCCAAUAUACAGGAGAAAGAGUUCCAAGUUACAUGGUGACUGGGAUUUCAUCCUAUAUAUAGGGGGCAUCACACAGCUCCACAGAAGAUGAUGCUCCUCUUGAGUACUUGAGACUCAUGGGACCAGGGAUGGAGGAGGAAUGUCUCUGUGCUGGGAACGUGCAUGUUUCUGUAGAGAGGAGAGCACCAAGAGCUUGAUCUUAAGGACAUUGAAGCCACUGGCAGCCACUGGCAGCCACUGACUUCUGUGUUGAGACGCCCAUGGAAGUUGCCUGUGUGGAGGAAAGUAGGGUGGAGAUGAAGUGUUAGAGGGAGCUCAUGGAAACUGAACUAGGCCAAGUCUCCACUCUGUAUUUAGAGUUGAAUGUAAGUUGGUAUAGAUAUAGGCAUGUAACUGUAUAACAUAGCUACUGUACAGUAUAUAGAAAUUUAACAUUCAUACAGUUUGGAGAAUGUUUGAAGCCUUUCUGUUGCCUGCUUUCAGCAGGGACAGGAAGAGGUACUCCUUUCCAGGAGAACACUUAAUGCUAGACUCCAUAUAAUGCACACAAAAAUAUUAAAAGAAAAUAUU